AUUUGCAUAAACGCUUGUCACACUCGGCUCCACGCCUCCUCUCGGCGUGUUGCACUGUGCCUUCGGAUUGGAUGUCCUAUUUUGGUAAUCGGACAGCCCCUAAAAAAAAACCGAGACUUGGGUCUGACUGGCUGGUGUAACCAGAGCGGUAUACAGACUCACAGACAGGGGCGAUCGGAUCAAUUGCCGGAUGUAUCCACAUCGCGACGUGGAAUUGUAGUGUGUAUCUUUUUCAAGUUGAUACAAUUCCUUCGCAUUCCCAUGUGUGUGAGAGCGGCUCGGCUCGCUACACUGCAGCGGCGGACACAGUGUUGCUGAAGGUGCGGUUCCAGCAGCAACGGCAGCGGCGGCUCCGCUUCGCUCUGAUCGACAUGAGCCUGGAGCAGGAGGCGGCAGCAGCAGCAGGGGCGGUCUCUGAGGGAGACAGCGGCCUCGCUGUCCCGGUGCCGCUCCUGUGCCCCGCACAGGGCAGUGCCAGCACCAGCGUCCCGGCCGGUACCUACUGGCAGGAUCACACGGCAGCCGCUUCGGCACCGUCCUCGGUGCCGGCUGCCCGGCUCAAGAACCGGCCGACCACCGUGGUGUACGUGGUGAACGAGGCGGCUCAGCUGCUGCUCGCCGAGAGCCUGGCUCUGCAGUGUUUGAGGGAAGCGUGCGAGAGUGUCAGCGCCUCCCUGGAGACUGUGCCCUUCGAGAAGCUGGACUUCGGAGAGACCGCCGUCCUGGAUUAUUUCUACAAUGCAGAUAUCGCUGUGGUGGAGAUGAGUGAUGCUUUUCGUCAACCUUCCUUGUUUUACCAUCUUGGAGUGCGGGAGAGCUUCAGCAUGGCGAAUAAUAUUAUUUUAUACUGUGAUACAAAUUCUGACACGCUUCAGUCACUGCAGGAAAUUAUUUGUCAAAAGAAAAAUGCAUCCUGUGGAAACUACACCUUUAUACCAUAUAUGGUGACUCCACACAACAAGGUAUACUGUUGUGAGAGCAGCUACAUGAAGGGAUUGAGUGAGCUAAUGCAGCCAAAUUUUGAGUUGCUGCUUGGACCAAUCUGCAUGCCAUUAGUGGAUCGCUUUGUUCAGUUACUGAAGGUUGCAUACAUCAGUUGCUGUCAGUAUUUUCGGGAAACCAUCCUGAGUGACAUCAGGAAAGCUCGUGAACUGUACAGUGGGAAAGAGUUGGCUGAAGAACUAAAAAGAAUAAGGAAACGCCUGGACAACGUUGAAGUUUUAUCAGCUGAUAUUGUUAUUAAUUUACUUCUUUCCUACCGUGAUAUUCAAGAUUAUGAUGCAAUUGUAACAUUGGUGGAAACAUUGGAAAAACUUCCAACCUGUGAUCUAGUGGACAAUCUUCAUAUCAAAUUUCACUAUGCUUUUGCACUAAAUCGGAGAAAUCUUGUUGGUGACCGACAAAGUGCCAUUGAGAUAUUGUUACCAAUGGUACAGUCAGAAGAGCAGGUGCCAUCUGAUAUGUACUGCCUCUUGGGCCGUAUCUACAAGGACAUGUUUCUGGACUCUGGCUUCCAGGACACUGAAAGCCGAGAUCAUGGAGCAUAUUGGUAUGGAAAGGCCUUUGAAUCUGAGCCAACAGUACAUUCUGGGAUAAAUUUAGCUGUUCUCCUCCUUGCAGCAGGACAUCAGUUUGACACAUCCUUUGAACUGCACAAAACAGGAGUGAAGCUCAGCAGCCUACUGGGGAAAAAGGGAAAUCUGGAAAAAAUACAAAGUUAUUGGGAUGUUGGCUUUUUCCUUGGUGCCAGUAUGUUAGCAAAUGAUCCUCUCCGAGUUAUCAUGGCUUCUGAGAAGCUUUUUAAACUCAAGGCACCAGCAUGGUAUCUGAAGUCUGUUGUACAAACCAUUCACAUAUACCAACGUUUCAAGAAACAGACUCCAGAGCAGCCCCCUGAAUGUCAGGAGCUCAUGGACUUUUGGAUGGAUUUCAUUGUGGAAGCCACCAAUGAAGCUGUGACGCUGGUUCGGUUUCCUGUUUUAAUCUUGGAGCCAACCAAGGUUUUCCAGCCUGCCUACUUAUCCAUAAACAAUGAUGCAGAAGAGAAGACAGUAUCUAUUUGGCACGUAUCACCACAUGACAAGAAUGGCAUUUAUGAAUGGAACUUCAACGCUGCAACUAUUAGGGGUGUGAGUGUUUCAAAAUGUGAUGAGCGUUGUUGCUUCCUGUACGUUCUGCAUAAUUCAGAUGACUUUCAGAUAUAUUUUUGCACAGAGCUACACUGCAAGAGAUUCUGUGAAAUGGUGAACUCCAUAACCGAUGAGGUAGGAAAGGGUGCCGAGGAAGGUGACUCGGAAGGAGAUGCUUUGGAGUACGAUUAUGAAUAUGAUGAGAAUGGUGAAAAGAUGGUGCUGGGAAAAGGGACAUUUGGAAUGGUCUAUGCAGGUAGAGACCUCAGCAAUCAGGUCAGAAUUGCCAUCAAAGAAAUCCCGGAAAGGGACAGCAGGUAUUCCCAACCUCUGCAUGAAGAAAUUGCUCUCCAUAAGCACCUUAAACAUAAGAACAUUGUGCAAUACCUGGGCUCUAUUAGUGAAAACGGUUUCAUUAAGAUCUUUAUGGAGCAGGUUCCUGGAGGCAGCCUUUCUGCCCUUUUACGAUCAAAAUGGGGCCCCUUGAAGGAUAAUGAACAAACUAUUGGAUUCUAUACCAAACAGAUCCUGGAAGGAUUGAAAUACCUUCAUGACAAUCAAAUAGCUCAUCGAGAUAUAAAGGGUGAUAAUGUGUUGAUAAACACAUACAGUGGAAUCUUGAAAAUAUCUGAUUUUGGUACUUCGAAAAGACUGGCAGGAAUCAAUCCAUGUGCCGAAACAUUCACAGGGACACUGCAGUACAUGGCACCUGAAAUUAUUGAUAAAGGACCAAGAGGUUAUGGAAAGCCUGCUGACAUCUGGUCAUUAGGAUGCACGAUUAUUGAAAUGGCAACAGGGAAACCUCCAUUUUAUGAACUAGGAGAACCUCAGGCUGCUAUGUUUAAGGUUGGAAUGUUUAAAAUUCAUCCCGAUAUUCCAGAAUCCAUGUCACCAGAAGCGAAGGAUUUCAUACUGCGUUGCUUCGAACCAGAACCUGACAAACGUGCUGCAGCUUCAGAAUUACUUUCAGAUGAAUUUCUGAAGGUUACUAGCAGAAAGAAAAAGACCCAACUAAAACAACAAGACUAUCUUCGCAGCAUAUCCCUCCCCGUUCCGGUUGUUGUGGAGGAAUUGAGCAGUGGUAGUGAAUUUGGCUCAGUUUCACCAGACUCUGACCUGAAGCAGGAUCUAUUCUUUUUCAAAUCAAGGGCGAAAUCCUGCAUUGAAAAAGAAAGCAAAGCAAGUAGACCUUUGCUUCUCAGUAUACCUGAUGAUCACUUUGAAGAUCACAGUGCACCACCAUCUCCUGAGGAUAAGGAUGCAGGGUUCUUUAUGUUAAAGAAAGACAGUGAGCGAAGGGCUACUCUACAUCGGAUACUAACAGAGGACCAGGACAAAGUUGUGAGAAACUUGCUUGAAUCUCUGAUGCAGGGUUCUGAAGAACCAAAGCUAAAAUCUGAGCACAUCUGUACACUUGUGGUUAGUUUGCGGGAGUUUGUGAGAUUAAUUGAUCGCAAAAUCAUCUCUGCCACCCUUUCCAAGCUGAAGUUGGAGUUGGAUUUUGACAACCAUGCCAUUAGCCAGAUUCAGAUGGUGCUCUUUGGCUUCCAGGAAGCUGUAAAUAAAGUCCUGAGAACCCAUAAUAUAAAACCUCACUGGAUGUUUGCUUUGGAUAACAUCAUUCGCAAGGCUGUGCAGACAGCUAUUACCAUUCUUGUACCUGAACUGAGACCACAUUUCAGCCUCGCCUCUGGGAGUGAUGCUGCAGACCAAGAAGAAGAAGCAGAUGAUGAGGAUGAUGAAGACCACAACAAGCCUAUUCGUUCUCAAACUCGGCGGCCAAGUGCUGUGCAAGAGGACCCAAUACCAACUUCUGGUGUUAGUACCCUGAGUUCAACAUUGUCCCAUGACUCCCAAUAUGUACACAGGUCCUUGAGUAUGCAGUUGGGAAGACUUAAAUUAGAAACCAGCAGGCUUUUGGAAGAGCUUGUUCAGAAGGAAAAGGAUUAUCAGGUUCUUCUUCACCAGGCUAUUGAAGAAAAGGAACAGGAAAUUAAAUUGCUGAGAUUGAAGUCACAACCCAUAGACCUGCCUGUCCUGUCAGUGUGUCGCUAUGAUUCUUCUCCAGUGAACACUGGAGAUCCUGAACUUAUUGAUUGGUUGAGAGAACAUGGAGCUGAUGAAGAUACAAUAGAUAGGUUUGUGGCAGAUGAUUACAAUUUGAUUGACGUUCUCCACUACAUGACAAGAGAUGAUUUAAAGUGCUUGAGAUUGAGAGGUGGAAUGCUUUGCAAGUUAUGGAAAGCAAUUGUGGAGAACAGAAAAAGAGAAUUUCCUUCCCCACUAGAUCAUACCUAACGAACCUGUAUUGGGGCACAUAGCAUCAUCUCUCGAUGAGAUACAGCACUUUAAAUUGAAACAAAUUAGACAGUGUAAACAUAUAAAUUGUUAGAAGUGUGCUGCAACAAGUACUGUGUACCUGAAAUGCUGACAAAAUGUGUAUGUGCUGUGAAUAGUUUGGUCCACAACUGUGCAAUUUUGCAAAGUGUUUUUAUGCAAAAUAACAAUAUUUAAGGAAGAGAUUUAUGAAACCUUGAAUACUAGUUUUGAGGGAUAAUUUUUCAAUUUUCCAUUCCCAAUGGAGACACCUGUACGCUAACAGUAUAUAUUGGAUUGUUGAAGGUCCACUGUAUAUGAUUUACUAGUCAGUAGGAAAAUGAAGUGCAGUGCUUGCCCAAAACCUAAUGUAUACAUCUAGCAAAUUUAGGCUCUGCAGAGUGUACACACUGGAAAAUUAUCCCUUUUAUAGCAGUCACAUUUAGGUUUCUAUUUUGACUUGUACUAAUAAAUAGCGCAAACCAAUUGUGUACUUUUUUUUAUACCAGACAUUUUCGUGUUCGUAUAUGCCAUUUCAUUGAACUACUGUUAAUGUAUGUGGCGCAAAACUGCACACAACUUUUUUUUAAACAAUAUCUGGGAAUAUAACCAGUUAUUUUAAGAUGCCUUUAUACAUUUCUGCGGUUGAACAAUCUAACUUACAUGACUAAAUUUGGUAAUGGUAAUUUUAUUAAAUAUUUGAAUAUUAUAACUAAUUGUCUCAGUUUGUAACCUGGGUUAAAUGGCUUUAUAUUGUGUAAUUACAGUUAAUCAUGUUUACUAUUGUAAUGGAUGUUGUAAUAUGCUUUAAAUCUUAGUGCGACAGUUUACAUUCGUUACUGAACUUUGUGCCACCAAAGGCUUGUUAUAAAGCUAAAGUUAUGAUAACCACUUCCAAA